UUCUUAUUUCUAAGUGUAUGAUCGUGAUAAUUAUAACAUAUUUAUGCGUAAUAAAUAUUAAAAGCUUCUGAAGAUUUCUAUAAACGGGGAAACCUGUUACAGUUUUUAAUUCAUGUUCCGAAGGAACUGCAUGAAGUAAUGAGAUAAUCUGAAGCAACAAGAAUGGCUCGUCGCGACAGCGAAAGGUCCUUACAUUCCCCGCAAUCGAUGCAACCAGGUUCCACGGUCUGCGUGAACACCGGCAGCGAACCACCCUUGACGGAAUUGACACCAUUAGAGUCAGCAACAUGUACUGACAACAGCAGUACGAUCAAGGUCAAUACCGGUAACAGCGUGGUUAGCGCGACAGGAAAUGCAUCGAGUACCGUUCCGUCACCCCUGGUAUCCUCGAUAUCCUCUCCGUGGGAUUCCCGUAUUCCACGUCCCUCGCCCACAGGCCUGCGACGUUCACUGAGCAUGCGCAUACACGGUGAGCGAGUUUCACCAAACCAUCCACCAUCACCCAGUACCGCGACCACCGCGGCCCUGAACAGGCACUAUCAGCAAUACCGUCGCUCGAUCCUACAGCAGCAGCACCAGCAAUACCAUCAUCUGGAUCAUCGCACCUUUCCAGUCAUCACGGAGAAUGGAACCGAAUCACCGCGACAACGAUCUCUCAGCCUUUCAUUGACCCCGGUGAGGCCGCGAUCUGGACACGCGGCCUCCGGAGGAUCAGACACGAGAAUUGCCGAUGACAGCGAUACGGAAAGUGUAAAAAGUUCAAGAAGUGCCUAUAGUACCGCGAGCGCCUGUGAUCAUGCUACCUUCGCCCUCAAUGGUACGACGUGGUCCGGUAGAUCGCGAAAAUACGUCGUUCACUGUUCAAACCAUACCAGUGACAACGAACCGUACCUUACUCCUACCCAAAGAUCAGCUUUAAAAAUUAGGAAAUUUCAAGCUUUACUAGAGGAAGCGCAAAAGAAGAUCAAAGAAAAGGAUGAAGUAAUCCUUCGAUUAACGAAGGAGGUUGUAGAAUUAAGGUUAUACAAAGCUUCUCUGAACAGUCCAGAUGAGAGGACAGAUAGUAGCGACGCCCUAACUAUUAGGGAAAACAAUCCUUUUUCACCGGAAUCCCCAAGUAAGGAUUUACCAGACGAAGCGACACUGCAAAAAGUCACGAAUCAAGAAACUCCAGAGAAACGAGCACCCUCCGAUUUACCAUCCUCGCUAGCUGACUCAGGUCACUUUGAAGACGGAUCCGUCCAUUCGAAAGAUUCUGUUUAUUUACCAGAGGUGCAAACAGAAACUAUUCAUAUUGCCACAACGCCUAAUAAAGUUCCCGAAGAAACUACGUCCGAUACGUUUGCUAGAACGGCCACAGAAACCCCAGAAAGAGAUGAAGAGAGACGCAAAUUAGUGAAUCUUUAUGAAAGUAGAAUCGAAGAAAUGCAUCGUAGACAUAUCGAUGAACUUCAAGAACUGAAGCAGAAACAUAAUAAUAAGGUGGAGAGUUUACUGAAUCAAUUAGCUGAAGUGAAUACACGAUACUGUGAAGUGAGACCUUGUAUUGAUGCUGCAGAAACUCGAGCUCGUGAAUUAGAAGCGGAAUUAGACGCUGUGAAAACGGAAUUCGCAGAACAAAAAGCUUUACUGAAUGAGCAAGAAGAAAGAAAUAAACAAAUGUACCUGAAGAUGUACGCCAAAGGUCAAGAAGCAGCGCGCAUAGAACAAGCUGAUCAGAUACUUCACCAUGCGCAGCAAACACCACCAAAGGUUACUGUUGCAGAACUACUUCAACAAUUGACAGUUACACAAGCAGAAUUAGAAAAUAUCAAGGACACAAGCUACUCGCCUGAACCUCACAUUUCAGCCGAUCGUAGCCAAAGUUUAUUAAGUGCUCAGGAGGCUGUUUCUCUCUGGGUCCUUGGCACACGUAAGGCAAUGUAUCGACGUAUCGUAGAAGCAAGAAGUAAUCAAGGCGCCCUUGAUCCAGAAAUUACGUUACAGUUCCUAAAAUCGGCGAUUUACUAUUUUUUAACUGACAAAGAAAAUCAUCACGGUCACCUGAACGCUAUUGAGAGCAUUUUAGGAUUCACAGAAGCUGAAAAGCACAAUAUUGAUAAAAUAUAUCGAUCAACAAGAAAGUAA